GUGGAGGGAACUAUACUAAAGUUCACAUCUGGAACACGUCUGCAGUUUGAAGGUGAAGAGAUGAAACCCUGUCCUACACCUGGAACACUUAACAAGAACACACACUCUGUUACACACCAGGGUUCAAACAGCAGAGAUGGAGAAGAAAAAAAAAUUGACAUCAAGGAUCUUCAAGUGAAAACAGUAAAGAAUGGAGAAAAUGUAACUAUGGAGUGUAACAUUAGUGGGGUCAAAAAUAGUUUUGCUUGGUACAGACAGAAUUUUGGAGAAGUGCCUCAGUUUUUGGUGAGACCGUACAGAUCAGUCAAUCAGAACUACACAUUUGUUGAUGGAUUUAAUGAUAGCCGCUUCAGUGUUACUGUAAAUGAGCAAAAGUUUGAUCUCAACAUUAAUAAAAUAAGAGAAGAUGAUGGAGGAGAAUAUUUCUGUGGAUAUGUGGAGGGAGCUACAGUAAAGUUCACAUCUGGAACACGUCUGCAGUUUGAAGGUGAAGAGAUGAAACCCUGUCCUACACCUGGAACACUUAACAAGAACACACACUCUGUUACACACCAGGGUUCAAACAGCAGAGAUGGAGAAGGUUACAGCUGUACUGAUCAGAUGCGUGUGCUGUUCUGGCUCUCUGUGUCUAGAGUUGGAGUUCUUGUCUUCAUUAUUUUUCCAUCAAUCAUCAUUUCUUUUAAA